AUUUUUGUCUUCUGGUAUUAAGACGGAAUAAAAGAUGGUGUAGAUCAAUGUUAGUCACAUGUGAAGUUGAAAAUAGCUAGAAUUAAUUUAAACUUUAUUUCCAUUUUGAGAAUGAGAUGGCGGAGUGUGAAGAAGACGAACUUCGAAUAGUUUUACUGGGUAAAACCGGAGCAGGUAAAAGCAGAACUGGGAAUACGAUACUUGGGCUCAGACACGGUGAUGAAAUUAAACCGUUUGAAUUUGCCUGUAAGGGGUCAUCUGUAACAAAAGAAUGUACGGAAAAAGAAAACACUAGAUUUGGCAGGAAAAUACGAAUCAUUGACACACCAGGCGUGUUUGAUACUGAUUCAAACCUUAAUAAUCAUAAGACACAAGAAGAAGUUAAAAAGUGCAUUGUACACACAUUUCCUGGACCACACGCUUUAGUACUCGUGGUUCCUACCGGUCGUUUUACUGGAGAAGACAUACAAACCUUGAAGCAUUAUAUUCAGUACUUUGGCUUUGACAUUUUGAAGUAUGUUGUUGUUAUUUUCUCAAAAUUCGAUCUUUGGGAAAGUGAUUUCGAAGACCAAGGCAAGGAAGUACCGAGCAUCGAUGCAUACCUUGAUCAGCUACCCCAGUACCUGAAAACGUUUUUGGAAUUCUGUGAUAACAGGUUCGUGAUUUUGAACAAUAAAAAAAGAGACGACGAACAAGUGGAAAAACUACUUGUAGUUAUUGACCAAAUGAUUGAAAAAAAUGACAAAAAAUAUUAUACAAAUGAGUGUUACGAUCAGGCAGCAGAAUUAUUGAAACUCGUGUCCGAUAGAAGAGAACUUACGAAAAAAGUAAAUGAUAGCGGAUAUAUAACAUGCCUAUAUUACAAGCUAAAGCUGUAUUCUCGUCCAGUACCACCAAACCACCCACUUUUCAAAGAAUCCGAUUUUGACAUUCCCGAGGAGGAAAAACUUGACAUUCCCGAGGAGGAAAAACAAUAAAUGAAUUUUUUUUUAUUGAUCUCUUUAGUGUAUUAACUACAGUACAUACAUACAUUGUUACUCGACAUAAGUGAAUGACAUUUAAAGCAUUGUUAUUAUGCGAGUAAGAAAUAGUAAGAAUUUACAAGUAUACAAUGUUAAUACAUAGUAUAUGAUACAGUUUAAGAAUUCUUUGGAGUUCAUGAAAUGUAUAAUCAUAUUAAAAAUAAAUUAAAUAAAUAAAUCCAUAAACCACACACACCC